AUGUACGGCCAGACAGCCCAACUACCUCCGAACACGACUGUGCGACAUCACAACCAACAGUCACAUCAAGCAGCCGCGUCUGCGUACCCGCUGCAUAGCGUGACCAAGGCGAGAAGUCCAAUUCACACAAGAGUCAGCAGAGCGGUUGAGUAUAUAAGCGACUACAGUGAUGAUCUAGACGAAAGCCUGUCAUUCCUUGCAGAGAACGUCGAAGUCCAAAAUGGUGCCGACUCACGACUCCGUGCGAAUGGCGCUUCGCGGCCACCUCUAUCAGAGACGUCGGGUAAUACACCAAGCCAUGCGCUGAACAAGGCAACCAAGGCCGUGCCGAGGAAACCACAGAGUUCGUCACUGAAGGGCCAGUAUCCUGCUGAAAUGAUGAAGUUCACAUGGUCAAGCGAGGUCAAACGGGCACUGAAAGAUCGCUUCCGCAUGUCUGGAUUUCGGCACAACCAACUUGAAGCAAUCAAUGCUACUCUGGGAGGCAAAGACGCUUUCGUUCUCAUGCCCACCGGUGGAGGGAAAAGUCUGUGCUAUCAGCUCCCCGCGGUGGUAUCCAGUGGCAAGACACAUGGCAUCACCAUUGUAGUCUCUCCACUGCUUAGCUUGAUGCAGGAUCAGGUUGAACAUCUUGAGAAACUGAACAUCCGAGCACUGUCAUUCAACGGAGACACGCCGAAGCGAGAACGAUCUCACAUCAUGUCGGCAUUCAAGGAGAGCAAUCCCGAGCUCAUCAUUCAGCUCUUAUAUGUAACGCCCGAGAUGAUCAGCAAGAGUGAGCAAUUCGUCAACAGCCUUGCAACACUGUACGAUAAAGGCAAGAUUGCUCGUCUUGUGAUAGACGAAGCACAUUGUGUGAGUCAAUGGGGUCAUGACUUCCGACCUGACUACAAGGCUCUGGGGGACUUUCGGCGCCGCUUCCCUAAAGUGCCCGUCAUGGCUUUGACGGCCACGGCAACACAAAAUGUCAUAAUGGAUGUCAAGCACAACCUCGGCAUUGACAAGUGCGAAGACUUCACCCAGAGCUUCAACCGAUCCAAUCUGUACUACGAGGUGCGGAAGAAAGAGAAAGACAAUGUCAACACUAUCGCCGAUCUCAUUCUCGAGAAGUUCGAAGAUCAGGCUGGCAUCGUGUACACACUCUCACGCGCCUCGACGGAGAAGAUUGCCAAGAAACUCUGUGAGCGUGGCAUAGCAGCACAUCAUUAUCAUGCCGCGAUGGAGAAAGACGACAAGGUCCGAGUUCAGCGAGAGUGGCAAAAGAGCAACAUCAAAGUCGUAGUAGCGACCAUUGCUUUCGGCAUGGGCAUUGACAAGCCAGACGUCCGCUUCGUCAUCCACCACUCGGUGCCAAAGAGCCUCGAAGGCUACUAUCAAGAGACUGGUCGUGCUGGUCGAGACGGCCUGCCAUCUGAGUGCUACCUGUACUUUGGCUUUGCGGACCUUGCCCAGCUGCGCAAGAUGAUUGCCGAUGGUGAUGGCAAUUAUACUCAGAAGGAGAGACAACGAAACAUGCUCAACACUGUUGCCAGCUUCUGCGACAACCAGACUGAUUGUCGCCGGGUCGAAGUGCUGCGCUAUUUCGGCGAGAGAUUUGACAAGGCAGACUGCGGCAAGAACUGCGAUAAUUGUAGAAACGAUGAUCAGUUUGAGAUGACUGACUAUUCCGAGGUUGCGAAAGCCGCGCUAUACGUAAUCGACAGCCAAGAUCGCCAGACGCUCACUCAGUGCACUGACUACCUCCUGGCCAAGAAGAAAAUGACAGAUUACAAGGAGGCGGCCCACGAGUACCACGGUGUAGCAAAACAUCUACCAGCGUACGAGGUCCAUCGCAUCAUUGAUAAGUUAGCCGCCGAGAACGCACUGAUCGAGGAGAACGUGGUCAACAAGAAAGCCAACGUCGCUAUCCAAUAUUUCCAGAUUGGACCAGCUGCGGAUCACUUUUGGAAUGACAGGCGCACCCUGUCGUUGAGUACUCGUGUUAAGCACAACGGGGGACGAAUCUCUGCUGCCAAAGGAAAGAAACGUGCCGGGAAAGCCAUUGCCUCAGAAGCCGUCCCUUCGACAAUAGUGUCUUCCCCAGCCGGCAAGGUCAGCAAGACGAAACGAAAGCAGAAAAGGGCAGUGAUCGAGAGCGACGAUGAGUUUGGGGGCAGUGGAAAUGACUAUGAGCAGGACGGAUUCGUUGUGGCGGACGGUUUCACGGAUGACGAUUUUGAGGAAAUGCCACAGCCCCCGAAACGCCGCAAAGGCCAGCAGCAGGUGCUAGGACCUCCUAUCGCCCGCGAUGCGAGAGUAGACCAGCUAUCUGAUCUACACAAGGCCCUUGUCGGCGGCUUCGUUCAGGAAGCAUCCAUCUUCGAGGAAAAUCUGCGCAACAAGAAGGGACUUCGUCGACCACUUUUCAGAGAGCAAGACUUUCGAGAGAUGGCAAUCCGGCUCACCGUCACACCGCAGCAGAUGAGCAAGAUUCCGGGGAUCGACGCAGAAAAGGUGAAAAAGUAUGGUGAUAAGUUCAUACCGCUUAUUCGACAAUUUGAGAAGCAAAGUAAGCUGGUUCUCGGUACCGAAUCCCGACAGACCGCAUCGGCGGGCCCAUCAGGCGAUGGAGAUGUCGUCGACCUCAUCUCUGACGACGAAGAUGGAGACGAAGCUAUGUUUGACAGCGACAUGGAUGACGAUGACGAAGGUGAAACAUCCCAUCACUUUUCGACGGCAAGCGAAAAUGCCGGCGUUCAGGCUUUCUACAAUACCCUGAACCGCAUACAAACAGAGGAAGCGGCGGUAAAACCAAAGAAGGCCGCGCAGUCGGGAGCAGGAAGUGCCAGGGGCGGCAAGCGCAACAACUCGAGGAGCAGGAAAUCAUAUCCGCGUAAGCCUUCUAGUUCCUCUAGCAAAGUGUCCAAGGCAAGCGCAGGACCCAAGAGCAAGAAGGGAGGGUUCGGCGAUGGCCGCAGAUCUGCGAGCAGCGGCUCCGCACGGAACUUUUCUGGCCCAGGCGGCGCGGGUGGCAGCGGGCCAUCGCGAAGUGGUGGCGGAUUCAGCGGGAUUGGCCUUAUGCGGCAUUGA